GCCAACCAAAAAGGCAAUGUGAAGUUUAUGGUUUAUGCGGGGCAUUCGGCAGUUGCAACGACAUAAGCACGGUCUCCUGUAAUUGUUUGACAGGUUUUAAGCCAAAGUCAGAGAUUGAGUGGAAUUUGCGGGCUUAUUCUAGUGGGUGUUCAAGAAUAACCAACCUGCAGUACUGUGGGACUGAUGUUAGUACUAGUGCUAAAUAUAGGGAGCCAGACGUGUUUCAAGAAAUCCGUAUCAUGUCAUUGCCAGAAAAUAAACAGUCUGUGGUGGUUGGAAAUAUUUCUGAAUGUCAUCCAAUCUGCUUAAACAACUGCUCUUGCACUGCUUAUGCUUAUGAUAGCAGCACUAGAUGCUCAAUUUUCACUGGAGAUCUCUUAAAUUUGCAGCAACUGGGAACAGGUGAAAGGAAUGGAACAACUUUAUACAUCAGACUUGGAUCUGCUCUUCCACUGCUUAAAAGUGUUAAUGCUAAUAAACGAUCCCUUGUGAAUGCAUUAGUCUCCGGAACAGCAGGAUUGCUUACAAUAACUUUUGGCUAUUUCUUAUGGAAGAAAACAUGGGGAAAGGAAAG